UGAUCUUGUAGCCGGAAUUAUUUGUAACUUAUUUGAAUUAAAUGCUUAUUAGAAAGAAGUAAAAAAUGUCUUUAGAUCAAACAGUGUGUGAAGAUCUAAAAGCUUUUGAAAGACGACUUACUGAAGUAAUUGCUAGUUUACAGCCAGCUACUUUACGAUGGAGAAUGUUGUUAGGUUUCAUUUCUGUGUGUACUGCUGUUGGUGCAUGGCAUUGGUUGACAGAUCCAAAUACACCAGCUGUCUCAUUUACUCAAAGCCUAUGUAAUCAUCCAUUCUUUGCAAUUGCUAGUAUUAUUUUAGUUAUAUUAUUUAUGAUGGGAGUCCAUAGACGUGUAAUAGCACCAAGUAUUAUAACUCAAAGAGCUAGAAGUGUUCUUGGAAAUUUUAAUAUGAGUUGUGAUGAUACUGGAAAGCUCAUUCUUAAACCAACAAGAUCACGACAUCAUGAAACAUAAAAAAAGAAAAAGACAGACUUUAUGUUAAUUUUUGAAGUGUUCAUUAAUACCUGAA